UGCGCCCUCGCGCAGGUAGGGAAGAGGCGGAGCGCCGGAGCCCAGCCUCGGUGGAGCCACCGCCUCGCCGCGCUGCCCGCUCAGCUCGCUGCAGCUUCCCGGGUCGUGCGGACUCUGCGAGGUUGGCAGCUGUCCUGCCUGACCUACAGCUGUCUGUCACUCCAUCUGUCCACCGCGACCCCAGGAGCGUCCACAGAACAAGGAAAGGAGUGGAACAUGGUGUAAGACGCCCUCCCAAGCAAAGGAAGCAGGGACCUCACAUACCUGAAGAUGUAGCCCAAGCUGACCUAGUCCGUGCCACCCUCAAACUCACAGUAUUCCCUCCUCAGUCUUCCAAGCACUGGGAUUACAGGCUUGUACUAAGUACACAGAGGCAUGUUAUAUUGCUGAGGCUGGCCUUGAACUCCUGGGCCCAAGUAAUAUUCCUUCCCUCGGCCCCCCAAGCAGCUGGGAUUAUAGGCUUGCACCACUAUAAGAGGCUUUCACUUAACUCUGAGGAGGCCGCCUUGAGGGACAGGGACCUGGGUGGUGGGAAUUAGGCAGAACCACCACUUCCUGUGCGUAACAAGGCCUGCAUCCCCAGGAGAAGCACCCGCCCUGCAUAGUUGACCCCUGGUGGCAGCAGCUGGUGCCUGCCCAGCAGCAGCAAGAGCACCAAUUGGCAGUUUGCCGUGCUUGGUUGUCUAGAGUGUUCCUGUCCGUUGAACAGUCCCCCAGAGACUGAGGAAGGGCCCUCUGUCCACGCCCACCCUCUGGCCCCGACUUGCUCUGACCACACCCACUCCUUAUCUUUCUGCUCCUCUCAUGGUUUGGUUCUCACCAAAGCAGAGAGACCAGAAAGGGACUACGGUAGGUCAAGGCUCUCCUCACCCCUGCUAGUCAAAAAUGCAAAUGAAAGUCAGAAAUUGACCCCAAGUUCCUCCACCCAGUCAGGUGUGGCCUGGCUGCAUCUCUCUGGAGCUUGGUCUGAGGUCACAUGGUGCUGGCCUUGGGCUGCCUUCCCUGGUUCCGAGAUCCCCAACCCCCUCAAGUCCUGCCACCUCUACAUGCCUGUACUGUCACCCCAUCUCUCUUCUAGCAUCGUGUCCACCAUGGCCUCAGCUGACAAGAAUGGCAGCAACCUCUCUUCUGUGUCUGGUAGCCGCCUGCAGAGCCGGAAGCCACCCAACCUGUCCAUCACUAUCCCACCACCGGAGACCCAGGCCCCCAGCGAGCAGGAUAGCAUGCUUCCUGAGAGGCCCAAGAACCCAGCCUACCUGAAGAGUGUCAGCCUCCAGGAACCCCAAGGACGAUGGCAGGAUGGUACAGAGAAACGCCCUGGCUUCCGCCGCCAGGCCUCUCUGUCCCAGAGCAUCCGCAAGGGCACAGCCCAGUGGUUCGGGGUCAGUGGCGACUGGGAAGGCAAGCGACAGAACUGGCAGCGUCGCAGCCUGCACCACUGCAGCGUGCACUAUGGCAGGCUCAAGGCCUCGUGCCAGAGGGAACUGGAGCUGCCCAGCCAGGAGGUGCCCUCCUUCCAGGGCACUGAGUCUCCGAAACCCUGCAAGAUGCCCAAGAUCGUGGAUCCGCUGGCCCGGGGACGGGCCUUCCGCCACCCAGAUGAGGUGGACCGGCCUCACGCUCCCCACCCACCUCUGACUCCAGGGGUCUUGUCCCUCACAUCCUUCACUAGCGUCCGCUCUGGCUACUCCCAUCUGCCCCGCCGCAAAAGGAUCUCGGUUGCCCAUAUGAGCUUUCAGGCAGCCGCCGCCCUCCUCAAGGGGCGCUCAGUGCUAGAUGCCACUGGGCAGCGGUGCCGGAAUGUCAAACGAAGCUUUGCCUACCCCAGCUUCCUGGAGGAGGAUGCGGUCGACGGCGCAGACACCUUCGACUCCUCCUUUUUUAGUAAGGAAGAAAUGAGCUCCAUGCACGAUGAUGUAUUUGAGUCUCCUCCACUCUCUGCUAGCAACUUCCGAGGGGUCCCACACUCCGCCUCCCCAGUCUCCCCUGAUGGAGUGCAAAUUCCUCUAAAAGAGUACAGCGGCCGGACCCCAGCUCCUGGGACCCAGCGCGGCAAGCGCAUUGCCUCCAAAGUAAAGCACUUUGCGUUUGACCGGAAGAAGCGGCACUACGGCCUGGGUGUGGUAGGCAACUGGCUGAACCGCAGCUACCGCCGCAGCAUCAGCAGCACCGUGCAGCAACAGCUGGAGAGCUUUGACAGCCACCGGCCCUACUUUACCUACUGGCUGACCUUUGUCCACAUCAUCAUCACCCUGCUGGUGAUCUGCACCUAUGGCAUUGCACCUGUGGGCUUUGCCCAGCAUGUCACCACCCAGCUGGUGCUGAAGAACAGAGGUGUAUACGAGAGCGUGAAAUACAUCCAGCAGGAGAACUUCUGGAUUGGCCCCAGCUCGAUUGACCUGAUCCACCUAGGAGCCAAGUUCUCACCCUGCAUCCGGAAAGACCAGCAAAUUGAGCAGCUGGUGCGGAGGGAGCGUGACAUCGAGCGCGCCUCAGGCUGCUGCGUCCAGAAUGACCGCUCGGGCUGCAUCCAGACCCAGAAGAAGGACUGCUCGGAGACGUUGGCCACCUUUGUGAAGUGGCAGAAUGAUACUGGGCCCUCGGAUAAGUCUGACCAGGGCCAGAAGCAGCCGUCAGCGGUUGUGUGCCACCAGGACCCCAGGACUUGUGAAGAACCAGCCUCCAGUGGGGCCCACAUCUGGCCUGAUGACAUUACCAAGUGGCCGAUUUGCACAGAGCAGGCCCAGAGCAACCACACGGGCUUACUGCAUAUAGACUGCGAGAUCAAAGGCCGCCCCUGCUGCAUUGGUACCAAGGGCAGCUGUGAGAUCACCACUCGGGAGUACUGUGAGUUCAUGCAUGGCUAUUUCCACGAGGAGGCAACGCUCUGUUCCCAGGUGCACUGCUUAGACAAGGUGUGCGGACUACUGCCUUUCCUCAACCCUGAGGUUCCUGACCAGUUCUACCGGAUCUGGCUGUCUCUCUUCCUGCAUGCUGGCAUAGUGCACUGCCUUGUGUCUGUGGUCUUCCAAAUGACCAUCCUGAGGGAUCUAGAGAAGCUGGCUGGCUGGCACCGAAUCUCCAUCAUCUUCAUCCUUAGUGGUAUCACAGGCAACCUGGCCAGUGCCAUCUUUCUCCCCUAUCGGGCAGAGGUGGGCCCGGCUGGGUCACAGUUUGGCCUCCUUGCGUGCCUCUUCGUGGAGCUUUUCCAGAGCUGGCAGCUGCUGGAGCGACCGUGGAAGGCCUUCUUCAACCUGUCGGCCAUUGUGCUUUUCCUCUUCAUCUGUGGCCUCCUGCCCUGGAUAGACAACAUUGCCCACAUCUUCGGUUUCCUCAGCGGCAUGCUGCUGGCCUUUGCCUUCCUGCCCUACAUCACCUUCGGCACCAGCGACAAGUACCGCAAGCGAGCACUCAUCCUGGUGUCGCUGCUGGUCUUCGCCGGGCUCUUCGCCUCCCUGGUGCUGUGGCUCUACUUCUACCCCAUCCACUGGCCCUGGAUCGAGUACCUCACCUGCUUUCCCUUCACCAGUCGGUUCUGUGAGAAGUAUGAGCUGGACCAGGUGCUACACUAACUUCGCAGAGAGGGGGUCUGUGGAGACUUGCUGCCAGCGGGGCCCUGGGCUCGCUCUCCAGACAAGGGUGACUGCACAGGACACAGGUAGUGCAGGCAGGUUCCCCAGGGAGAUGAGACCUCCCUUUCUCGGGUCUGGAUGUUCCUGACCCAAGCUUGGGGGACAUCCAGGACACCUGUUUCUUCACAGCUCAGGUCCUAGGCUCUGCCUGCCUUUCUUCCCCGGUAGAGACAAUUACUUCUCUUCCCAGGCUCAGGGCUCUGGCCUGUGCGGGUGCUGUCUUCUAGUGUCACUGUGACUGUAACCUCGCCAGACACACAGCUGCUCCCUCAGCUGUCCCCAGGGUUGAGGUCCCUACCAUGCUGCUAUGACCCAUCUUCCUGUUUCUCCUCUCCUCCCAGUCCUACAAGCCCUUCCUGCGUUUGUCCAUGGACUCGUGAACCUGCUCCUCAGGCUCCUGGACAGAGCAUUGUGGUAAAGGCUUUGGCCGUUGUCCAGGGGCAGUGACAAGCAAGGAGAGAUGGCUCUAUGGGAUGCUAAGGGAUGUUAAGAAGCCAGAUCUGCUAAGCCACCAGCUCAGCCCUAGCUCCAGCAUCCGUAUCUGGCCUCACAGGCCGGCUCUGAUGUUGGGAUGUCCCCACCACCUCCGCCUCACUCCUGCCUAUGUGGCCAGGGGCUGAGCCCCCUUAAGGACUGGCUCCCAGGGGAUGCUUGAGGCUCAGCCAGGCCUGGUGUUUUGUUUGUUUUUCCAGUUUAUAUUAUGGUCCUAAUUUUUUACAGUAACGCUAACUUUGUAUGGACGAUGUCUCAAGUUUAUUCAAUAGCAUUCUCUAUCAAAAUACUGCUUUUAGCCUCAAGCCUCUGGGAGAUUGAAAACCCAAACUUGGAGCUGGAGAGGAGGCUCACUUCUGUCCUUGAGGAGGACCCGGGGUCAGUUCCCAUCUUAGACCCAUGUCAGGUGGUCCACAACUACUGUCGCCUCAGCCCCACGGGUCCAGUGCUCUCCUCUGGCCUCCAGAGCACCCUCUCACACAGACACACUUAACAAAUAUAUAGAAAUGAGUAUUUUUUUAAAAAAAUACUCAAGCCAGGCAAUGGUAGUACACACCUUUAAGCCCAGCACUCAGGAGUCAGAGGCAGGCAGAUCUCUGAGUUCAAGGCCAGCCUGGUCUACAGAAGUGGGUUCCAGGACAGCCAGGGCUACAGAGAGAAACCCUGUCUCAAAAACAAACAAACAAAAACCACUCAGAGACUGGAGAUAUUAAAAGCACUGUCUGUUCUUCCAGAAGAUCUGGGUUCAGUUCCCAGAACCCACAUGGCAGAUCAUCUGUAACUACAGUUCCAGGGGAUCCAACUCCAUCUGGCCUCCACAGGCACCUGCAUGUAUCUCUGUGUACCAGACGUAUGCAGCACAUAUAUAUUAGGAGGCAGAGGUAGAUGGACUUCUAAGUUUGAAGGCAGCCUGGUCUAUGUAGUGAGUCCUAGGUCAGCCUGAGCUACAAGACCCUUUCUAAAAAAAUAU